UGGAAACUGCUCUCCGUUUCUAGCCCUCCUGUCGUGUAAGCGUGUGAAUGGGUCAAAUAUUUUCCUCUAGCGGCAGCUAGCAUGUCAAUUCCGAAGAGGAUCUAAUCAAUCACUGAAAUCGGUUUGGAACAUCUUUCUUGUUUUGGGGAUUUUAAAGGUAAAGCCAUGGACCAGGAGGACCGCUCUCCUCUCAAACACUUUGUACUGGCCAAAAAGAAGAUUGGUGAUGUUUUCGAGCAGCUGCUAAACUAUGUCCAGGAAGGUUCGCAGUUUGUUAAAGAUACAUGUUAUAAUGACUCGUUAGAGCACAUUGCAAAUGGCGAUCAGUUGGAGGAGAUUGAGGCGUACACCAGCAAACUAGCAGUCAUAAAAGAGGUGCUGGCUCGCAGACAUAUGAAGGUAGCCUUUUUUGGCAGAACAAGCAAUGGAAAGAGCACAGUCAUCAACGCCAUGCUGCAUGACCGGGUGAUGCCCAGCGGCAUCGGGCAUACAACUAACUGCUUUCUGAGCGUUGAAGGCACUGAUGAAGACAGGGCUUAUCUGAAGACUGAGGGAUCAGAGGAGGAGAAGAGCAUCAAGACUGUCAAUCAGCUGGCUCAUGCACUACACAUGGAUGAGAGUCUUGAUGCUGGCUGUCUGGUUAAGGUUUUCUGGCCCAAAACGAAGUGCGCUCUUCUUAGGGAUGACCUAGUACUCAUGGACAGUCCUGGGACUGACGUCACCACACAGUUGGACAGCUGGAUCGACAAGUUCUGUCUGGAUGCUGAUGUAUUUGUGCUGGUGGCCAAUUCCGAGUCCACGUUAAUGAACACGGAGAAACAUUUCUUCCACAAAGUAAACGAACGCCUUUCAAAGCCCAACAUUUUCAUUCUGAAUAAUCGCUGGGAUGCUUCCGCCUCUGAACCCGAAUACAUGGAGGACGUGCGUAAGCAGCACAUGGACCGAUGUGUGAACUUCCUGGUGGAGGAGCUCAAGGUGGUGGAUUGGCAGCAGGCUCCCAAUCAUAUCUUCUUCGUGUCUGCCAAGGAGGUGCUGAACUCAAGAAUGCAGCGGGCGCAGGGUAUGCCAGAGUCUGGUGGAGCAUUAGCGGAAGGUUUCCAGGAGAGACUGAAGGAGUUCCAGAGCUUUGAGAGGACGUUUGAGGAGUGUAUCUCGCAGUCAGCAGUGAAAACAAAGUUUGAGCAGCACACAAUCAGGGCAAAGCAGAUCACUGAAAGUGUAAAAGACAUCAUGGAUCAAAUCAACAUUGCUGCCGCUGAGAAGAGGGUGGCCUCUCUGGAGGAGAGAGAGUAUCUGAUGGAUCGCUUGGAGUUCGUCCGGAAUCAGCUCAACCUUCUCAUUGAGGAUAUCAAAAAGAAAAUUAAGAUGGUCUCCGAGCAGGUGGCCAGCCAGGUAUCGAAUGCCAUGGCAGAGGAGAUCUGUCGACUCUCAGUGCUCAUAGACGAGUUUCGUGCAGAUUUCCACCCAUCACUUCACGUGCUAAAGAUCUACAAAUCAGAGCUGCUUAAUCAUGUGGAAAAGGGAAUGGGAAAGAACCUGGCUUUCCGCUGCUCUGAUGCUGUCAACGCUUCGGUGCAGUCCUCUCAGAAAGAAAUGAUCGAAUGUUUGCAGCCUCUGCUACCCCCUGAUGUUCAGAGCCAGAUCCACAUGCUGAUUCCUUCCAGAAAGUUUGACCUGAGCUACGACCUGAACUGCGCGACACUCUGCGCCGAUUUCCAGGAGAACAUCGAGUUUCAGUUCUCUCUUGGCUGGACCGCUCUGGUCAGCCGUUUUCUCGGCCCAGCCAACGCCAAGCGCGCCCUCAUGCUGGUGGAUCAAAACCUCCAGCUCACACGUCCUUCGGCCACCACUCCAGGAAAUGGUGCCAUCGUACAGGCACCACCCUCAAACCAAUCCCAGGCCGUGAUGAACCAGGAGGAGCUCAUGAUGUCUAUGAUUGCGAAUCUGGCUUCCAUCACCUCUCGCACUUCCAUGAGCGUGGUCAUUGUCGGGGGAGUGGUGUGGCGGAUGAUAGGCUGGAGAGUCAUCGCUCUAUCUAUGAGUCUUUAUGGCCUGGUGUACUUAUUCGAGAGACUUACAUGGACCACCAAGGCUAAGGAGAGAGCGCUGAAGAAGCAGUUUGUAGAUUACGCUACCGAGAAACUCCAGAUGAUUGUCAGCUUCACCAGUUCAAACUGCAGCCACCAAGUACAACAGGAGAUAGCCAGCACUUUUGCCCGGCUGUGCCAGCAGGUGGAUAUAACUCAGCGAGACCUGGAGAAUGAAAUCAGCCGGCUGACGACAAAGAUUCAGCAGCUGGAGACGGUGCAGAGCAGCUCCAAAGCACUUAGACACAAAGCCACCGAUUUGGAGAGGCAAUUGGAGAGCUUCACAAGCCAGUAUCUCCAGCCACAGAACUGAAUUCCCCGUUCUCACUCGGCGCCUUGGUCUCAGACUACCUGCGAGAAUUUCGGUUUAUUUCACGAGGAAGGAUCCACAGAAGAUAUCUAGCAAUUGUGUCUGCACUUUAAAAAAAAAAGGUUAUCAAGGAAAAAACUGUCCUGUACACUUCACGGGUUGGUUUCUGGCUUUCCUACUACAGACAAUUCGAUCGAGUUGUGGUUUGAUUGCUCACAUUGUAACGAUAUCCGAUCGAUUACCAAACUCGAACACUACUGUAUGAACUGUGAAUGAAGAAAACGAUGAAGAAAGGGGCUGAAACAUCCGUAACAUCCACUCUUCCCAAGGCACUUCUCGCAACACUGUAAACAAAAGCGGAUUAUUUUGUCCACUUGAAACGGAGCCCUUUUCCGAACUGCGUUUUCUAGAAGAGAAAGUUCAAACAGUGUUUUGUAGAUAGCCUUUUGAUCAGUGCCUAUUUUCGAUAUGUUCCUCUAAAACCUUUCUAACCCAUUGUGAAGAUUUUCUUUUCAGAGGUUUGUGCUUUGUAAAAAUGUGAAAUGUUCAGAUUUAAAAAAACAAAAAUAAUAGAACAUAAUUAAAAUAUUAUCCAUGA